UGCAAACGGAUUAACCAAACCAUCCAUCAUGUUCAAGCUGAUCGUACUCGCUACGUUGGUGUGCUUCGCCAAGGCCGGCCUAAUCUCCUCUGGCGUGGUAGGCGUUGGAGGCCUGGGAGAACUGGGAGGCAUCGGUCUAGGAGGUAUAGGUAGGGGCGUCGCGGUGGCAGCUCCCGUAGCUGUAGCACAUGGAGCUGUUUCCUACCAGAACAACAACCAGAUCAGUUUGCACCCCACUCCCGUUGUUGCUAGAGUAGCUGCGCCCGUAGCUGUGGCAAGCCCUGUCGCUGUUGGUGUCGCUCCUAUCGGUGUUGGUGUUGGAAUUGGUAGAGGUCUUGGAGGAGUUGGACUUGGAGGAAUUGGAGGAGUUGGUCUUGGAGGAGUUGGACUUGGAGGAAUUGGAGGAGUUGGUCUUGGAGGAGUUGGUCUUGGAGGGAUCGGAAAAGCUUGGUAAAAUGAGGAAGCAGUUAAUGAGAUGAGCAACGUUAUGUUUGAUAAUUUAUUUUCAUUUAAAUAAAAUAAAUAGGAAAUAAAAUAAUUUUGAUUUAUCCACUACGGUACCAUUU